UUCUGUAAAGGCUGAGAAUACACGUUGCGGUGCCAAGCGAACCAUAGGCCCCAAUAGGAGAUGCGAGUUAUGAAGACAAACUGAAAACAAGGCCAAGACUUGGUACUUGGAAGUUGGGAAGUUGGAAGCUGAGCAAACACAAAAGGUGCUACCAAGUCAAUUACUUUCUCUCUAUCACGCACAUACACUAGAUCCAAAGACCGGCCUAACACAGGCAACAGAGCCGAUUAGGCGAUUAUACUCCUGCACUUUGAGAGAGAUGGUGACGAAAACAGAGGAGACUCAGUUGACUAAUCUUGAGAACCAGGUGGAAAACGGAGGAGGAGGGGCAUGGGAGUACCUCUGCCUCGUCAGGAAACUCAAGGUUAGGCGCUCUGAUAAGGUUCUUAAGCAUGGUUUUGCUAUUUUGAAUGACUCCAAAAAGCGAUCCAGUCUCGGCCCAGAAGAAUGGAUUCUGCAUGAGCAGGUUGCAAUUGCAGCCAUGGACUGCCAAUGUCUUGAUGUUGCAAAGGACUGCAUAAAUGCACUGCAAAAGAGAUUUCCAGAGAGCAAAAGAGUUGGCAGGCUAGAGGGGAUGUUACUUGAAGCAAAGGGAUCUUGGGCGGAGGCUGAAAAGGCUUACUCUAGCCUUCUUGAGGAUACUCCAUUUGAUCAAGUGAUUCAUAAGAGGAGGGUGGCAAUGGCAAAGGCCCAAGGAAAUAUUUCAGAGGCCAUUGAGUGGCUGAAUAAAUAUCUUGAUAUAUUUAUGGCAGAUAGUGAUGCGUGGAGAGAACUUGCUGAGAUAUAUGUCUCCCUGCAGAUGUACAAGCAAGCAGCCUUCUGCUAUGAGGAGUUAAUAUUGUCUCAGCCCGUGGUUCCAGUUUAUCACUUAGCUUAUGCUGAUGUGCUUUACACCCUUGGUGGACUAGAAAACCUUCAGACAGCUAAGAAAUACUAUGCAUCCACCAUAGACUUGACAGGGGGCAAGAACACCAGAGCUCUUUUUGGUAUAUGCUUGUGCACUUCCGCCAUUGUGCAACUUACAAAAGGAAAGAACAAGGUUGAGAAGGAGAGCCCAGAGCUGCAAUAUCUUGCAGCAACAGCCCUGGAGAAAGACUACAAGCAGAGAGCAUCUGACAAACUCCCUCUGCUUACUUCAACCUUGAGAAGCUUGAAAAUUUCAUAAUUUAUUUGCAAUGAUUGAAAAAUUCAAAUUAUUACCCCACACUCCUAAGUUCAGUUGUCCCAUUAGCAAGUUAAUACAAACGUUCAGAUUUGCAAGUGUUCGGGAUUUUGGAAACUCUAAUUUAUUAUUAGUGUUUUUAGUGCGGGGGAAUCCAUUUGGUUAUGUUUUGUCAUUUGUAUCAUCUAUUUCUCAUAAUUAGGUUUUGGAUUUUAUUUAGUGAGUUGCAAGGAUACAAUUUGGUACAGCUGAAUGCAGCAUUUUUGCCCUAUUAAUCCUUUGGUUCUAAAUAGAAAUCUUUGGAAGUUGACUGA